GACAUAAAAUAAAUAUUCUCGCCGCUAUUGAUUACAGCGCCACCUGUUGCAUCAUAAUAAUUUUACUACAGACUGAUAAAUUAUGAUAGCGUGCGUUCUGAAGUAACUUGUACACUAAAUCUCGAUAACAUUUAAAAAAUGAAUUAAUACAAAAGAUGUGUCACCCACAUCAAAACUUAUAGUAAUUCAUUCAUUUAGCUAAAAAUAACUGUGUUUGUUCUAAAAUAACACAAAAAGAUAAAAUCACAUUACUUCGAGAUCACGAUGACUCAUCAACAUGCAAUAUCUCUGAACACACUCCCACUCCGGUAAAAGGGUGAGUGAACCGCCUCAUUGUUAUUUAUUGCAUUUGCCUCUAAUAAUACAUUAAUUAGCCGUUUUACGGACACAGCGAGUGCAAUAACAUAGGUCGCGACAGCCAUGCCGAUGUGAGUAAUUUAAAAGGUGUGGCACGACAAGGGGCGUAGUUUCUCAUCUAGUGACAUUAGUGGUGUGAAAAAAUAUUCUUCCUAACUCGUCGCAAGAUGACCGAGUACAAAUUGGUGGUGGUAGGCGCCGGAGGCGUCGGUAAAUCCGCAUUGACUAUACAGCUGAUACAGAAUCAUUUUGUGGACGAGUACGAUCCUACGAUCGAGGAUUCAUAUCGGAAACAAGUUGUUAUCGAUGGUGAGACGUGUUUGUUAGACAUCCUGGACACGGCGGGCCAGGAGGAGUACUCCGCGAUGCGGGACCAGUACAUGCGCACGGGGGAAGGCUUCCUGCUGGUGUUCGCAGUGAACAGUGCUAAAAGUUUCGAAGACAUUGGCUCGUACAGGGAGCAAAUAAAGCGGGUGAAGGACGCGGAGGAGGUGCCCAUGGUGCUGGUGGGGAACAAGUGCGACCUGCAGGCGUGGGCCGUGGACAUGGCGCAGGCGCGCGAGGUGGCGCGGAGUUAUGGAGUCCCUUUCGUGGAGACGUCAGCGAAAACCCGCAUGGGUGUCGACGAUGCGUUCUACACGCUCGUCCGAGAAAUCCGCAAAGACAAGGCGAGUCGAGUCAAAGAAAUAGGAGAGGACGAACCAUAGGCCCUGGCAGGAAGUUCAGGUGCACCUUCCUCUAAUUCGGUAUAUAAUUUAGUGGUAAUAUUUGUGGAUAUUAUCUGAUGGCGAGGUCCCCAAGUCAAUCUUAUUGUCGACAAACACCGCUUGUAAAGUUUUUACUCUGCCGCCUUUUUUGUGACACUGACACUUCCGAUGACGAGAAGUUAAUCGAUAAAUGACAAUCGAUUUUUAACUUCGAUACUUUUUUUACUACAUUGAAUAGUUUUUUGUUGACAAUAAUAUUGACUUCGUGCCGGUAGACUAGAAUGACUACACAGCUUACAAAUAUGGAAUCCGGAACCUAUCACACAAGUCUUAAGGUUCAGUUUCCAUGGUCAUACAUAGUGUAGCUAACUUUAGGAGACGCUGAAGGUAAUUUACUUUUAGCCUUAAUAGAAAUUAAUAUACGAAUAUUUAAUAUUUACAAUUUAAAUCGAUUCUUGACACUUAAUCCGAUUUAAUAAUCAAAGGUCCUAUGACUAUUCAGCCAUACAGUGCAAUACGAUAUGAAUGUAAUAUGAAAUCAAGACGAUUUAUAUCGAUAUUAUUAUUUAUCGAUACACUAUUGACUUCACAAAAUGUGAUGUUCGUUCCCUACCUACUUACAUUAAUUACACGCUUUUUACUUAUUUCUUACAAUAUACAAAGAAAAUAUUCUACAUAGCAUGUACCUACUUGUAUAAUAAUUAAUAUAAUUAGCUAAUCUCUGUGAGAAAUAUCCAUAAAUAUUAUAUGUAUAAUGUAGUAAUGAGGCAGUUAUGAAAUCUAAGGCAUUCUUCUGUGGCUGAGUAAAAAUAACUUUUUGUACAGUUAAAUAUUUCACAACUACUUUAUGCUUAUUUGUAUGAGAUACUUCAGGCUUGUAUGUAUGGAAUUUGAGUUAUUUUUUGGGAGGGUAAUUGAAGUUACAAUUAACUGUAUCAAUUAGAACACAUCUCAUUCAAGACAUCUGAUAUGUUAGUGGGGAACCUGACCUCUGAAAACUGAUGAAAGAUAGACAAAAGAUUCUAAUUAUUUAUUUUUAAGUAUUAAACCCAAAUUAGGUAAUUAAGAAUCAUUUUUGAGAAAGAAUGCGCUAAGUAUAAUCAAUAAGUUUCUAAUUAUGAGGGUAAUCUGUCCUUACCCUAUUUUCUACAUUUACCUAAUCUAUGUUACCUAAACCAGAAUAUUUUCCUACUUUACCCCUGACGUGUAAUUAAUACUCAACUUACAAGCACUGGCGUCAAGUUCUCAAGGUGCUAUUUGAAGCAUAGUAUACUUGUAGCAGAAGCCAUGUCUUAUGACUAGGAAAUUCUUGUAAGUUUGGAUUUACGCAUGUUUUAUUAUAAAAUACAGUUGUACUUAUAAGGUAAUGUUUUAAAUUACCCUGAUGCCUUUAAGGGUAAAAAGGAAAAACUGUUUCCAUGUUUUACCUAUUAAGGUAUUUUCUCAAAAUGGCACAUAUAUCAUGUUUACUUUAUGACCAUUUUUAAACCAACAAAAGGGUAAAUCUGGUAAUAAUGGUUGUGCAUUAUUCAAGUACAAUUUAAUAUUGGUUGUAACAUUCUGUUUCAAAUAGUGCACAAUUAUUGGGUAGACCAUAGGACAUACCACUGACUCAAUUACCCCAGGUAACCUGUUUUCAACUUGGUAAGGGUAAAAUAUUUUUCUGCAUAGCUCAACAAGACUUACC